AUGUUUGGAACUAGGUAUGAUCCAGAUCAAGAGUCUCAUACUAGAAGCUAUACCCAAAAUGUGCUGCCGAACUUCAAGAAGAGAAGAAGAGAAGAUGCUGCUGCUGCUGCUGCUGCUGAUGAUGAUGAUGACGUAAAAGAUAUAAGUGAAGCAGAGUCUGAACCCCCACUAAUGACCAAUAUGGAAACCGAAAAGACCAGGGAUACCAGGGAUGCCAUGGAUAUCUAUGAGGAGAGUCAGGAGAGUCAGGAGAGUCAGGAGAGUGAAAUAGAAAGCGGAAAAGAGACUGAAGGAGGUGAUGAAGAAGAUGCUGUUGACAAUAGGUCUUUUUCCGACAUGAAUGAUGAUCCCAUCUACAAAUCAAAGCACAAAUCCGUAUUUGACAAGUUUAAGCAGUCUAUAGCGUCUACAGCGCAUGCGCCUUUACAAAAUCCGGCAGAUUUGCCAGACGAGGAGGAGGAGGAGGAGGAGGAGACUACAGAAACUCGAGAUCUCGCGCCUCUUCCACAACCACAAUUACCACGAGAUAAAAAACUACAAUCGACGUCACAUCAUUUGAAAAACCUCGAUUGGCUAACAGAACCUGAGUAUAUUUCAACAACAGAUACAAAAUCAUUCUCCCAAUACCUGUUAUCGCCGUUUAUGCAAAAGAAUUUGGAGACUCUUGGCUUUCGUGAUGCAUUUGCGGUUCAAGUAAGUGUUUUAAAUAAAAUGCUUCCAGAGAUUAAAGCGAAUAAACUACAGCCAGAUGCAUUUGGAGACAUUUUGGUAAAUGCAUCUACUGGUUCGGGAAAAACAUUGGCGUACUCGAUACCCAUUAUUGAGAGUAUUCACGAUAGGAUUGUGCCUCGAGUUAGGGCGAUUGUAAUUGUUCCAACAAAACCAUUGAUUAAUCAGGUUCGGGCAACAAUGUUGCAACUAGCUCAAGGCACCAAUUUGAAUAUUGUAAGUAUGAAAAAUGAGACAUCUAUUCAAGACGAGAGUGAAAAGCUAAGAAAUUGUGUGCCAGAUGUGAUUAUAAGCACUCCUGGUAGGUUGGUUGAACACUUGAACUUGGAGUCCAUAUCUCUUUCAAAUUUGAGGUAUCUUGUGGUGGACGAAGCGGACAGACUUUUGAAUCAAGCGUUUCAAAACUGGUCACUGGUACUUGUUGAUAAGAUUGAGCAACAGCAAAAAUACGAUAUUGCAAAUAUUUGGAGUUUAAAAGUUCAAAAAUUAAUCUUUUCCGCUACAUUAACCACCGAUGCAGGUAAAUUGGCGAAAUUGAAAUUCUAUAAGCCUAGAUUAUUGGUUGUUAAUGAUUCGCAGAAACUCGUUAAUGAACUAUUCUCCAUACCAGCAACGUUGUCCGAAUACAAUAUAAGUUUUGGUGUGGCAAAAAGUUCAAUAAAACCAUUGAUUCUUGCAAAAUUCCUUAUUACUCAUCAAAAAACUGUGGAUGUUUUAAUAUUCACAAAGUCAAACGAAUCGUCCAUCAGAUUGGCCAGUCUUUUACAGAAACUAUUUAACCAAUUAUUGCCUCUGUUGACAGUUACUUACAUCAACUCCACGAACAAUCGCACUUCGAUAAGGUCAAGAAUUCUCAAAGAUUUUGGUAAUCAGAAAAUUAACAUCUUGGUUGCUACAGAUUUGAUAGCAAGAGGAUUAGACUUGACUUCAAUAAAGGAUGUUAUCAACUACGAUUUACCUAAUUCAUCGAGAGACUACGUACACAGAGUUGGACGUACAGCCAGGGCAAAUAAACCGGGUAACGCAUAUAACUUCAUUGUUGGUAAAGGUGAAAGCAAAUGGUUUUCAACAUUCUCAAGAGAUGUAAGCAGGAACAAUACGGGUGAAGUUAGGGAGUUAGAGUUGGAUUUGAAAACGUUGAUAACGGGUGAUGACGAGACCGUUUAUCAAGACGCAUUACAAGAAUUGGAGAAGCAAGCACAAGAAGAAGAAGAAGAAGAAGAAGAAGAAGAACCUGAGAUUGCUUUCGUGGUAUUGGUAGUCACCACCGCCGACUUCCUUUCUAUGACAGAUGUUCAAGUAUUUGAUCAGACGAAUUUAGAAAAAGAUAUAGCCAAUAAGGCAAAUAGACUUUUGUUAGCCAAGGAUGUGGAACAGGAUGAGAAGAGAUUGAAGAAAGCAAUCAAUGAUUUGAACAUCACUAUCAAACAUAUCAAUCAAUUAACGUCAAAGUUGUCACAUCCGCGUACAAAGCUAAGCGAGAAGAAACAGAUUACAGAUCAGAUAAGAUGGCUAGAAGAGAAUGAACUAGCUGCUAAGCAACUGGAUUUGAACGAUAUCAAGGCUCGUUUAGAGGAGAAUAAGAAAGCUUUAAGUGAAUCAACGGAGGAUAGUAAUGAAACGGCACAAGAUGACGGAGACAAGUUGCCAGAUGAAACAGAGCGUGAGUAUCUAUUGAGAACAGGAAAAAUCACUGCGUUUGGUAAUGAGAACGCGUUUCAACUGACGGAGAGUUCAAGUGGCGAGAAGCAAAGUCACGUUUUUUUGAGAGAACCUGGCUUUGAUGAAAAUGUGGAAAAGUUGGUCCCAAAUGAAAAAAUAGAGGAAGAGGAAGAGGAAGAUUUGGAGGCCAAAGAUGAGGAUUACGUUUAUAAUGAAGAAGAUGAGGAGGUAGAUGUGGCAGACGAAGUCGUGGAGGAUGAUGAUGAGGAGCAGGAGCAGGAGCAGGAGGCGGAUGUGACAGAUGAGAACGAUGAGAUAUCCAUGCAAGAAACUAGGAACAUCGACGAUGGCGAUGAAACACAGUACCAGAAAAGGCUAAAGGAAUGGGUUCGGAAAAGGUCGCUGCUUCGACAAGUAGACGAACAUCCCGAUGAUCCAGAAUGGUUCAAGCCGCACCCCACUAUACCCGACGCUAAACUCAACGAUACGUUUAAACUACCCGGUGAUAUAUAUCCCUCUUUAUUUGAUUAUCAAAAGACAUGUGUGCAGUGGUUAUGGGAGUUGUAUUCACAAAAGACAGGUGGAAUUGUAGGUGACGAGAUGGGUUUGGGAAAAACGAUACAAAUUAUAUCCUUCCUCGCGGGAUUGCAUUAUUCCGGACUACUAGAUAAACCUGCAAUUAUUGUAGUACCGGCAACUGUGCUUAAUCAGUGGGUUAAUGAAUUCCAUCGAUGGUGGCCGCCUUUUCGAUGUGUUAUUUUGCACAGCAUUGGCGCUGGUAUGUCCAAAGACAAGAUUAUAAGCGAGGAGAAGUUGGAGGAGUUUAUGGAGACACGGGAUCCAAAAACAUUCAAAACAUCUUUGAGUGGUGUUAAGUCGCAAAUAAACGCGCGUGAAAUUGUAAAUAAAGUGCAAGAAAAGGGACAUAUUUUGGUUACCACAUACGUGGGGUUGAGAAUGUACUCGAAAUACAUUUUGCCAAAACAGUGGGGUUAUUGUGUUCUUGAUGAGGGUCAUAAAAUCAGAAAUCCUGACCUGGACAUUUCGUUAACUUGCAAGCUGAUUAAAACCGUUAAUAGAAUUAUUUUAUCAGGGACCCCAAUACAAAACAAUUUGACCGAGUUAUGGUCGCUUUUUGAUUUUGUUUUUCCAGGAAGAUUGGGUACUCUACCGGUAUUUGAACAGCAGUUUUCUGCACCAAUCAAAAUUGGCGGAUAUGCUAACUCAAACAAUUUACAAGUGAAGACUGCUUAUAAUUGCGCAGUUGUGCUAAGAGAUUUGAUUUCGCCGUACUUGUUGAGACGUUUAAAGAAAGAUGUUGCUCGGGACUUGCCAAAGAAGAAUGAAAUGGUAUUAUUUAUUAAAUUGACUCAAUAUCAACAGGAUAUGUAUGAAAAGUUUCUUGAAAGUGAAGAUUUGGAUUCAAUUAUCAAAGGUAAAAGAAAUGUGCUAAUGGGUAUAGACAUGUUGCGGAAAAUUUGCAAUCAUCCAGAUUUAGUCUAUCGAGACGCACUCAUGAAUAGAGAAAACUAUGGUGAUCCCAAGAAAUCAGGGAAAAUGCAGGUAUUGGGCAAUCUCUUGAGGAUAUGGCAAAGCGAAGAGCACAAGACAUUAUUGUUUUGCCAAACGCGGCAGAUGUUGGACAUUUUGGAAAAAUUUGUUGCCAAUUUGCACUUGCUUAAAGAUCCAAAUGAAAACUUCACUUACCUACGAAUGGACGGAAGCACUCCGAUUCCAAGGCGCCAGCAAUUGGUUGAUGAUUUUAACAGCAAUCCUAACUUGCAUGUGUUUUUGUUAACAACAAAGGUAGGUGGUUUAGGAGUUAAUCUCACUGGUGCAGAUAGAGUAAUAAUCUAUGAUCCCGACUGGAAUCCGUCAACUGAUAUUCAAGCCAGGGAAAGGGCUUGGAGAUUAGGUCAAAAGAAAGAUAUAACGAUAUAUCGGUUAAUGACAACAGGGUCGAUUGAGGAGAAGAUAUACCACCGACAAAUAUUCAAGACUUUUUUACAAAACAAAAUUUUGAAGGAUCCGAAACAGAGACGAUUUUUCAAAAACAGCGAUUUGCACGAUUUGUUCACUUUGGGCGAUCAAACGGAACAGGGUACGGAGACAGGUGACAUGUUCAAUGCUAGGGGCGAGGAAAAGUAUGGAGGUACUAAAACAAGAAAACCUGGCUCAUUGAUGAAGAAAAAGUAUAAAAAUGACGAUGAUUUUUAUCAGGUGGCCAAGAUAAGCGGUGUGUCGAAGCUAGACAAGUUUGAGAAUGAAGAGGAAGAACGCGAUAGAAGCGACGAUGAUGAUGAUAGUAGGUUUAUUAAGGGUAUUUUUGCUGAAAGUGGCGUUCAUAGCACAUUAAAGCAUGAUGAGAUUGUUGACUCCAACGAUAACGAAACAAGUCUUGUAGAAAGAGAAGCCAACAAGUAUGCCAAGCAAGCCGUGGAUGCGCUAAAGGAGUCCCGACUAUUGGCCAGGAAAAAUAAAAUUGGUACUCCAACAUGGACAGGGAGAUUUGGUAGUGCAGGCGUAUUCAAAGGGACGUUUGGUAUUAAGAAAAAGAGGAAAACUCAAGAAGGCGUCUCGUCAGCCACUAUUCUUGACAACUUGAAAAAAAUCAAUGACUUGAAGCAGGACAAGGACAAGGAUAAGUAUAAUUUGGACCGACAGAAAACUGUUUCGAUGUUGAUUGAUUAUUUAAGUAAACAGGAAAACCAAUUCAGCACCUCCAACGAUAUCAUUAAGAGCAAUAAUUUGAAAAUGGUGUCUGAUGAAGAUAUGAUCAUUAUACGGUCUAUGUUGAGGGAGAUUGCUGAGUGGGAUGGUGUGAGGAAAGGUUGGAAGUUGAAAGAGCAAUUUGUUAGUCUAUGA